UUUUGCUACAGUAUGUGGCUCCAGGCCCAGGGCAGUGAAGCGCCAUAUAUGCACUCACUGUAAUCAAAACACCAAAUAAAAGUGUGUGAGAGAGAGAGUAAGAGGAUUUGGUCAUUGUGGAGAGUGAAGAUAUUGAUGAUUUCUUCAAAGCUGUAAAGGGCGGGACGGAGAUCAAACUGAAUCCUUUCUUACCAGAUCCACUCCACUUUCUAGACUGCUUCAGUGCCACUCAUAUUUGCUUAGCACGAAGUACAAAGAAACAGAGAUUUGGUGCAAAUAUGAUGGUGAAGAGAAGUUGAUGGGUUCAGGGCGGAGAUAAAUUGAUGGGGAAAAGCAAAAAGAAAUCGAAGAAAGCUAAAUCAGAAUCAUCUUCUUCUGAACAGACCCCAAAUCCUCCCAGAAAGCGAGGCCGCCCUAGGAAAGUCGUUCAAAAAGCAGCAGCAGCAGCAGCAGCAGCAGAAGAGAAAGAAGAAUCCAAACCAGAAGAAGAAGAAGUAGUAGAAGAAGAACAAGAAGAAGAAUCGAAGAAACAAAAGCUAUCAUCGGAUGAAAAGAAGACGAGGAUAGAGGGUGAUGCCUCGUCUCCUAAAGGAGGAGGAGGGGAAGAGAGAGCAGAACCUCCGAGAACAAGAGGGAGGCGAAAGAGCCAACCGCAAAGAGCAGCAGAAUCCUUCAUAUCAGGUUAUUACUCAAGAUCUUGGUUUGCAUGGAUGGGUAGAGAAGAGUCAUUAACCUAACGGGUAACGGGUACGGGGAAGGGGAUAAAUAUUGGAGUUGCAUGUCAAUUCUCCUCUUUGGGUCUGUUUUAUUGAUCGAAUAUACAUAGUUCGAGUUGUUGUUUUUUGGGCAUCAAUGGCAUUGUCCUUAUUUUCACUCACAUAUUCGUGAAAGCCAUUAAGACUAUUAUGUAAUAUGAAGAUGGCAUUGUAACAAGCCAGCAAAAUAUUCGUUCUGAGUUUUAUCAACUAGUCCAUAUGGUAUCUCGAGACUUAUUUCUUUCAAACACUUGCCAAAUUAAAUCUAGAGAUAGUCCAUAUGGUAUCUCGAGACUUAUUUAUUUUCAAACACUUGUCAAAUUAAAUCUCGAGAUAUUCUAUAAUGGUGCUGGCUGUAUAAAAGUUAUAGUAGCAUGUACCCCUUUUAAGGUUUCUCUUAGGAUACGUUUGUUUUGUAUGAAAUUUUUUUUCAUAUAAAAGUACUUCCCCCAUUUCAAGAGGUAUGGAGGUUUUUUCAAACCAAUUUACCUCAAUUGAAUAGACCAAUUGGAUCAAAAGGAACUAGUCAGAUGUUUUUUUUUAUGCUCAACUGCUCAAAGAUCGUGCCUUUCUCUUCUUAUUUAUUUUUGGAAUCUUAACUUGGAAGUGUUUUAUUACACUUGUUCAUAAAAAUCUUGCUUCCCUCUUUAUUUAUUUAGUUGGUGUUUUAUCACUCUAUCAAAAUGGGUCCGGCCUAUAAGGUUGCAACCUUUAACAAUCCAAUUGAGGUGCACUUCCAAAUUUUAUCAUAACAUGUAAUUUUGUCC